AUGGCGACUCAGGGAGAAGAGACGCGCUCUUCCCCGCCGGCAGCGACCCCGGCGGCCCCCGCGAUCGCCCCAGAGGCCGGGGAAGCGGGCACCGCGGCUCCGGCAGCUGCCCAUGGAGCGGAGAAUCCGGCGACGGGUAUCAUUGCACCGGAUGAGACUGAGACCGAUUCGGCCAUCAACGUCUCCGUCCGCGAUUCUCUAACUUCCAUCCGUUCAUCCGUGCUCAAGUUUGAAGAUGAGUACGGCCGUCUUUACCAUUCUCAAUCUCGAGGAAAAUACUACUUCCCCCACGAUAACGUGGAGCAAGAUCGCUUGGACUUGCAGCAUGAGCUGUUCAUGAGGACAUUUCGCGGUUAUCUGUGUACCUGCCCCAAAGUGAACGGCGCCAACAGAGUUCUUGACUUGGGAACGGGCACCGGAAUCUGGGCCUUGGAGUAUGCUGAGCAAAACCCGGAAGCUGAAGUUAUCGGCGUCGACAUCAGCCCGGUGCAGCCCGACUUCAUGCCCCCAAACUGCUCCUUCGAAAUCGACGACAUUGAAAAGAACUGGACCUGGUCCAAGAAAUUCGACUUCAUCUUCUCCCGAACCCUCAGCGGCAGCAUCCUCGACCCCGUAAAACUCGUCGACAGCAUUUACAACCAACUCGAGCCCGGCGGCUGGUUCGAGGCCCAAGACGUCUGCAUGGACGCCCGCAGCGACGACGACACCAUCCCCAAGGACAGCUUCCUCGUGCAGUGGGCCGUCGAGGUCGUCGACGCCAUGGACAAGAUCAACCGCACGCUCCGCCUGCCGCUGCUGUGGAAGCAGCUGCUUAUCGACCGCGGCUUCGUCGACGUCCAGGAGACGGUGUACAAGUGGCCGACCAACACGUGGCCGCGCAACCGCAUGAUGAAGGACAUUGGCGGCUGGGGGCUGGCGAACCUCGACACGUUCCUGGAGACGGCGGCGUUGGGGACGCUGACGAAUAUCAAGGGAUGGUCGCGAGAGGAGGUGUUGGUGCUCUGCGCCAAGGCGAGAAAGGAGAUGAGGGAUCCGACGAUACAUAUCUGGUGGCCUGUACCCGAGGACCCAUGA